GCAGCUAUGCCGCGCGCUGCAGAAAACGGGCUGGACGUGUCCGCUUGGAACAACGACCGGUAUACUGGAGGACUCACCCGGGGACAGCGGGACCGGGAGGCUGCUGACAGGCGUUAACAGCGACUCUUUCCCCGGGGGGAUAACCUCCAGCUGAAACAGCGGCGACGAAUCAGCUCCUUCUCCCUUCUCCCCUCUCCUCUGCAAGCACUGAGAGACACCGAGGCUUCAGCAAUGUUGCCGCUAAACGUCUAGGAUUAAUUCCCGGUGUCCGUUUGUUUGUAUCGACUGUACAUACAACUGAGCAGAGACAGAAAGAGACCACAAGCGGGGUUCACUAUGGUUUUACUGGCGCUCCGCAGUAGGAGAUGUCUUACCAGCAGCUGUAUGGGGACGUUAUGUUUGCAGUUGUUGCUGUGGAUUUUAUGUGCCGUGAACGGAGAGGAGCAGCCGUUCAGUGUGGAGGCAUGGCUCCAGAGGUAUGGCUACCUCCCUCCUGCAGACCCCAGAAUGUCAGUGCUGCGUUCUGCCCGAGUCAUGCAGUCCGCUAUCGCUGCCAUGCAGCGCCGCUACGGCCUCAAUGUCACAGGGACGCUGGACAGCAACACUAUAGAGUGGAUGAAGAAACCCAGAUGUGGGGUUCCUGACCAGGUAGGAGGUGCAUCCAAAUUCAGCGUCAGGAAACGGCGGUACGCUCUCACAGGACAGAAGUGGCAACACAAACAUAUCACAUACAGCAUAAAGAACGUGACACCCAAAGUGGGCGCGGAGGAGACCCAUGACGCCAUCCGGCGAGCCUUUGACGUCUGGCAAAACGUGACGCCACUCCGCUUUGAGGCUGUGCCAUACAGCGAGAUGGAGCGGACCAAGAAAGAUGUGGACAUCACCAUCAUCUUCGCUUCCGGUUUCCACGGCGACAGCUCACCCUUCGACGGCGAGGGAGGCUUCCUGGCCCACGCCUAUUUUCCAGGCCCGGGAAUAGGAGGCGACACACACUUUGACUCAGAUGAGCCGUGGACGCUGGGGAACCCAAACCAUGACGGUAACGAUUUGUUCCUGGUCGCCGUCCACGAGCUUGGCCACGCGCUUGGACUCGAACACUCCAACGAUCCCACGGCCAUCAUGGCUCCUUUCUACCAGUACAUGGACACUGACAACUUUAAACUGCCAAUGGACGACCUGCUGGGCAUUCAGAAGAUUUACGGGCCUCCUGAUAAGAUUCCCCAACCCACCAAGCCUUUGCCAACGGCGCCCCCUCCCCGCUCCCAUCCCCCUUCAGACCCCCGUAAGCCAGACAGGCAGACGCGGCCUCCGAGGCUUCCUCCAGGGGACAGACCAUCUCAUCCCAACUCCAAACCCAACAUCUGUGAUGGAGGCUUCAACACGUUGGCCAUACUAAGGAGAGAGAUGUUUGUCUUUAAGGACCACUGGUUUUGGCGAGUGAGAGACAACUCUGUCAUGCCGGGGUACCCCAUGCUCAUCAGCGUUUUCUGGAGGGGUCUGCCACCCAAGAUAGAUGCCGUGUACGAGAACAGCGAUGGCAAGUUCGUCUUCUUCAAAGGGAAGCAGUUCUGGGUGUUUAAGGACACCGUGUUGCAGUCGGGAUACCCCAAGGACAUCACCCAAUUCGGCCACGGCAUGCCGGCCCAGAGCAUUGAGACCGCUGUGUGGUGGGAGGAUGUGGCAAAGACCUACUUCUUUAAAGGCGACAGGUACUGGCGCUACAAUGAGGAAAUGAGAACUAUGGACCCCGGCUACCCCAAGCCUGUCACAGUGUGGAGAGGUGUGCCUGACUCGCCACAGGGAGCCUUCGUCGACAAAGCCAAUGGUUUCACCUACUUCUACAAGGGGAAGGAGUACUGGAAGUUCAACAACCAGUUCCUCCGCGUGGAACCAGGCUACCCACGAUCCAUCCUCAAGGACUUCAUGGGCUGCGACCUGAAGCCCAUUGACCCCGCCCGCCCGCCGGUCGACGACGGCAACUCGGACGUGGUGAUCGAGCUGGACAACGAGGCGAAUACGGUGAAGGCCAUCGCCAUUGUCAUCCCAUGCGUGCUGGCGCUGUGCCUGCUGGUGCUGGUCUACACCGUGGUACAGUUCAAGAGGAAGGGUACGCCGCGCCACAUACUGUACUGCAAACGCUCCAUGCAGGAAUGGGUCUGAAACACAGGAGAGAGGGUGUGGAGAGGGUGGGAGAAGAGACUGGUGAAAACAGGAUGACAGCCCCCCCACAUAUAAGGAGGAGGAGGGGGUGACGCAGUGGACAUCUUUAGUAAAAAAAAAAAAAAAAACACACGGGCCGCGCCUCCUCCUUUUUGGGCAGUCUGAUGUUGGUUCAGACCCGCAGAAACAGCCGGACAGUCCGUCGGCAGACCCUCAUACACAAGGCACGACUCUGGGACUUCAAGUUGACUCUGGUAACCCCCCAGCCUUUUUCACUAACAAGGGGGGGAGCAGAGGGACACAUUUUGGGGGCAUCUUUGCCUAAAAUGACCUUCAGUCCCAGUCAAAAGAAAAAAUCAGGAGGGUCAGCAUCUCUUUGUAUCUCAGAAACUUUACUUCCUCUCCCCUUUUCUCUCGUUUGUCUUUGCCCGACUUGCUCUUAAUCGGGGGAGGACUUACUUUCAGGGGGACAUGCACUCUUCCCACAGGGCACUGCAUUUUCAUCUGUCAUAUCAGGUGUUGAUACAACAACAAUUUUAUAUUUUCUGAUCUUGGUGCCCCCUCCCCCGCUUCCCCACAUCCCCAUCCCCCUACCCCUUCUCGCUUCACAUUGCGCUCAAAAGAAAAGAAAAAAAAACAGUCUCAGAUAAACACAAGUUAAUCACAUUAACAAUCUUCUCUCCCUCUUCUGUGUUCUUUUUUUAUUUCUUUUUCUUUGAUUUUUUUCAAAUUUUAAUUAUUUUGAUAAAGGAGGUCCUCACAGUUCCCUUUAACACGCUCAUGAGGAAGAGACCAAACUAAACCAAAUAAAAUCAACUUCUCUCCAAAGAGGAUCACUUUUUUUUUUCUUUUCUUUUUCUCGUAGCUGUUAUUGUUUCAUUUUGUCUUCAGUUCAUCUUUCCUUCCCUUCUCUGGAUCCUUGCAGCGAUUAAGAGUCGGGGAGCUCUGACUGUUGUGGCAGUCUGUUUGAGACACAGGGGCCAAAUUAUUCUGCAAUAUUUUAACUCGCCUUAAUUAUAGAUCAUACUACUUGUGCUUGGUUUCGCUGUACUUGGUGUUGUUGUUUUUUUAAUAUUAUUUGUAUACCGCUUUUGUUUGUUUGUAAAAGAUGCUUAUUGAAAGCUUCUUGUGAUUGGUAUUUCUGGAUUUUAUUACAUUACCUAGAAUUCUCAGCACUGGCUUGCUGAGCUAUUCUUGGACAGAAUAUACAGUAGGGUCAGCCUGUAUUGAGAGUAAUGUAUUGUACGUUGGAAGGUUCUGGAGUAAAGCCACUAAUUUUGUGUGUUAAGAUAUUUGUUACUGUCUAACUUACUUUUAUCAUUUCCCUACGACACAAAUCAGGCUAAUUAAGAGCUUGAGAGUCUUAUUAUUGGAUUGUUAUUUUCUUGGCCAAUAUUCCCCUGAAGGUCACGUAUUAUUCUCCUUUUCAACAGAAGUUUUUUGCUGAAAACACCACUGAGAUAAUGCAUUCUAGCAUGCCUCUAUACCCCUCUGUUUCUGUCCUGCUCUCCGUGGGCUGUUUAUGUGUCUGUAGCUUUAAAUGCAAAUGAGCUGCUGCUUUCUGGCUGUGAUACAAUGUGAGAUUAUAUGACAACAAUAGGAGAGACCAAGGGCUGAUGAUACUAUUCAUAUUCAUGCUGCAGUAGUAGCAGAGCUGCAGUAGCACUAGUACUAACAUUAAAGGAACACUAAGUAACUACUAUUGUUGUUAUUUAGCUGGCUCCAAAUGAGCCUUAAUGUUUACACAGUUUCUCUCGACUGUCCUUCAACAUUAGUCUAACAUCGCUAGCCUUAUUAGCUGCGCAACAAGCUAAUACCAAGUUCAACAGACUGAUCUGAUAGAUAAUCAGUAAAACAGCAUAAAAGAUUCAUAGAGCAUAAGAAAUUGCUAGUUUUCGAAGUUUGAAGUUGGGUGACGGACAGCUGGUAUCGAUCCAUCACACACAGGAUAUAAAGAUGCUGUGUUGGUUCUUGCAGCAAACAACAGAUUUGUUGAAAAAUUUGAUUCAGUAAGUUUCAGUGAGCAGAACUAUAACAGCCUGCUGGAGGGCAAUCUGUAUUCAACGGAUCCCUUUAUGACAUCAUGAAGGGAGCCAAAUCUAAAGAGUGUUUUGCACACACAUUUAAUAAAAGAUUGAGCAGGAGAGAAAGAGAGAGGAUGGUCUUUUCUGAUAGUUUGUGGGGUCUGUAGACACUAGAGGGACACAUUAAUGUUGAAAAGUGAGAAAAAAUGUGUGACCUUUUAAUCCCAAGAAGAGUUAAAGUGUGCAUCUGAAAUGGUCACUCUGUGGUAUUUGUGAAUGGACAGACCAUUAAAAAAAAUAAUUCUGUUGACUGCCUUGUUUGAGAGAGCUCACAGUGCCCAGAAUGCUCUUGUCUCCUGACUGAGGACCCACAAAGUGAGACACCAAGUCAAGAUCAGUGCCUGUGUCAACAUGCAUGCAAGCAUUUACUGUACACCCAACCGGUUCUGCUCAACGUGGCUUUGGACCCCUCAACAGCUGAGGAGGAAAGUUUCUCUUGAAAAUACUGUUUUCAUUUGUUUUUGUAUUAUUUAAAUUGUAUCCCAGCCCCCUUCUCCCCCAACCUCCAGGUACAAUUAAAUCUUAAAGAAAAAUACCUUAAAAAGAUUUAAGUGGUACAUUUGGGAAAAUAACAGGAGAUCUCAUGAGUGAUUUGCUAAUCCAAUUGGCCUCAAAUGCACCAACAAACCAACCGUUAGCGAACAUUAAGCGCCCUCGCUUUUGUGGCGAGCAGUCUUUGAAUGUGUGUCUGUUUUCAUGAUCACAUACUGUUUCUUUUUUCUUUCUUUCCUGUUUUUUUUUUUGUUUUUUUUUCUGGUCAAACAAAUUGGACAUCUCACAAUGACUUCUUUGUGUAAGACUUUGGGACAACAGAGGAACGUGUCCUGACAGAAUGAAUAAAUUGAUCAAUAUAUGAUUAAGAGCUGCCUUCAAACUCUCUGCUCAUCUUUUGUACUGUAUGUCGAGUGUGUAUGUGUGACACAGAUCCACGCUUUUUUGUGCAUGCGGUCAGGUCUCCCCCCCCCCCCCAUAUCCAGUUUUGCUGAGCGUGUGGUUUCGAAGUAGUUUGUUGUCUCUAACUUUUAGAUGAUGCGCACCCUGCUACUGUGUCAUGCUCACAUUCAGGAAGAUGCAACUUGAAAUCGGGCAUGUCACCAGCCGUUAACGUUAUUACAAAUUAUUCUGAGUUGAACUGACAGGAUGCUAGCACGGGUUUAAAAAAAAAAUUACCAUGUGCAGCUUUAAUUAAAGGUUAGAUUUGUAUUUGUACCCUGCCAACUUCAGUCGUAAAAAAACAAGCUGACAUAAAUAAGGAUAUCGGCUCA